AUGGCCACUCCCACCGUCGCAACUACAACCGUUUCGGAGCCCACCAAGCCGAUCAUGAACUCGGUCGUUACCCCAGUCGACAUCGAGAACGAUGGCCCUCUCUUCCCCUCCAACCUCAUCUCCCCUGAGGUGAUCUCCGUUCUCCCCACCGACUAUACUAUCCGGCCGUUGCGCCGCUCAGACUAUAAGCGCGGCUACCUGGACGUGCUGCGCGUGCUGACGACUGUCGGCGAGAUCAGCGAGGCACAGUGGAACAAGCGCUACGACUGGAUCGCCUCCCGCAACGACGAGUACUAUAUGCUUGUGGUGUGUGAUGGCGCCGAUCAAGUCGUCGGCACCGGCAGCUUGAUCGUCGAGCGCAAGUUCAUCCACGCCCUCGGCAUGGUCGGCCACAUCGAGGAUAUCGCCGUCGAGAAGAACCAGCAGGGCAAGAAGCUUGGCCUGCGAAUUAUCCAGGCCCUGGAUUAUGUGGCAGCCCAAGUUGGCUGUUAUAAGAGCAUUCUGGAUUGCUCCGAGGCCAACGAGGGCUUCUACGUCAAGUGUGGUUUCAAGCGAGCUGGCUUGGAGAUGGCUCACUAUUACUGA